AUGGUGGCAGCAACUCUCGCGAAACGCGCGAUUUCGGAAUUGUUCACGCAGCAAGUUCGCGCUCCAACUGUGAGUGGCUCGGCUGCUGAGGCAAAACGACGCUCGAUUUAUUUCUUCAGAGACAUAUGUAGAGUGAGUGCUUUUUCUAUUUUUUCCUCUCAGUCUCCCCCGUCAAAAUCACUCAACAACGGGGCUUUUGGGUACCUCUGUUCUUUCGUCUUUUGCGUCCAAUGA